AUGACUGAGAAGGACCUCGCGAUUGCGGAGAAGCUCAAUGUUCGCUGGAUCGGCAUUGAUCGUCCAGGCAUUGGUUUCUCGACGCCGAAAACAGGCCGCAAGAUCAUAGACUGGGCGGAUGACUUACGGCAGCUUGUGGAGCAGCUGAAUCUAAAGUCGUACUAUAUCUUGAGUGUCAGUGGUGGCACAGGGUACGCCCUGGCUGCUGCGAAGUGUCUGCCACGCGAACAGGUCAAAGGCGUUGGUAUUGCCAUUGGGGUGGCCCCUGUGCAAGCAGGCAUGAAGGGCAUGAGUCUGAUCAACAAAUGGGGCUACCUGACCUACAGAGUCUUCCCGGGCUUUUUCCGUUUCAUCAUUGGCCGAUACAUGGUCCCAGCUAUGCAGAAGGAGGACUCUACCGAAGCAAAAGCCAUCGUGCGCAAACAGCUGGACUUCUUCAAAGGCGAAGACCGCGAAGAAAUGACACAACCCGGUAUGGAAGAGGGCAUCAUAAGAUUGUGGCAGGAAGUCUACCGACAAGGUGUCGACGGUCACAUUGAGGACAGUUCUGUUCAGCUCGAUGAUUGGGGCUUCAGGUUGGAAGACGUCGGGUACCCUGGCAUCAAAUUAUGGUAUGGCGAGAAGGACGUCAACACACCGCCGAACAUGGGCAAGUACCUGGCGGCUCGCCUGGAAGCAUCCGUAUAUAAGGAGUAUCCGGGCAAAAGCCACUUCACGAUGUGGCAGCAUAUUGAGGAGAUACUUUCGGACCUUCUCAGCACUCCCCGGCAGCCUUGGAAUCCUUGA